ACUAGUCACCACCCAGCGGGACCAUGUCUGACAAGCGCCCCGUAGCCACCGACCCAAAAGCCCGACGGCUCCCGGACUCCUUUAAUGAUGUCCCCGAUAAGGGCCUUGGCAUUUGUGGCUGGAUUCUUGUGAUUGCAUCCUUCAUCUUCACAGUUAUUACCUUCCCCAUCUCAGUCUGGAUGUGCAUAAAGAUCAUCAAGGAGUAUGAGAGAGCCAUCAUCUUCAGACUGGGCCGAAUUUUACAGGGAGGAGCCAAAGGACCAGGGCUCUUCUUCAUCCUGCCCUGUACUGACAGCUUUAUCAAAGUGGACAUGAGGACUAUUUCAUUCGAUAUUCCUCCUCAAGAGAUUCUCACCAAGGACUCUGUGACUGUCAGUGUGGAUGGAGUGGUCUAUUACCGUGUCCAGAAUGCCACCCUGGCAGUGGCCAACAUCACCAAUGCUGACUCAGCCACCCGCCUCCUGGCACAGACCACCCUAAGGAAUGUCCUGGGCACCAAAAAUCUCUCUCAGAUCCUCUCUGACCGGGAGGAGAUUGCCCAUAACAUGCAGGCCACUCUGGAUGAUGCUACUGACGACUGGGGGAUAAAGGUGGAACGCGUGGAGAUCAAGGACGUGAAGUUGCCCGUGCAGCUGCAGAGAGCGAUGGCUGCAGAGGCCGAGGCUUCCCGGGAGGCCCGAGCCAAGGUCAUUGCUGCAGAAGGAGAGAUGAAUGCUUCUCGGGCCCUAAAAGAAGCAUCCAUGGUCAUCACUGAGUCCCCUGCUGCUCUCCAGCUCCGCUACCUGCAGACUCUGACAACCAUUGCUGCAGAGAAAAACUCAACCAUUGUCUUUCCACUGCCCAUCGACAUGCUUCAGGGCAUCAUGACGGCAAAGCGCUAGGACUAGGCAGAGCUGAGCUGUCCAGAAGUAAAGCAGAGCUGGGGAACAAAUCUAGCCUUUAACCUACAGAGAGUGAGUGGGGUGAGGGAGCUUUCACCCCUUCCAUCUUUCCCUUUCUUCCCCUUCCUGUCUUGACAUGCCGAGUGUGAUGUGCUUAGAUCUAGUGAAUGAGCCAAUGAAUCAUUCACUUUUGUGACUUUGGAAAGAGACCAGACAGCUGAUUGAUUUAUGCUAUUUUAAACUUUGCGUGCUUUUUGAUAAUCCUAUUGUAGCUUAAAUACCUCCUUUGGUUGAGUCAGUCCAUUGCUCAUCUCAGCAGCCCAGGGAAAAGCCAGUACUGAUUUUCUAGGUGCCCCCCUCGACAUUAAUAGAAUGUUCAGUCUAGAAUGGGCUAUCGCCCCAUAAUGAAGACACAGAGUAUUAGAACAUGGAGUGGUAGCGCUGGAAGGGACCUUUAGCAAUCAGAAAAUGAGGAUGCUGGACCAAAUGAUCUUUAAGAUGCCUCCUAGUUCCAAGUCUGCCAUCUAGUACAAGCCCUUCACUUUACACAUGAAGAAGCAGAGACUUAGAAAAGGAGAGAAGCUUCUCCUGCUCUAUGGCAGUUGCUGCCUCCAAUGAAAGAAGGCUCUAGUCCCAACCCUACACUUGUUACCUUCGGGGAUCUCUAUUCAAAGGAUGAUUUUUCAAUGAUCUGGUUCCCAGCCCUUCUGAACUCAAACUCAGUUCAAAGAGAUCUCUUACCUCUGCCUUAUGGGGAGAGACUAGAUUUUGAGCCCCUGCCCUCGAUACUAGAGAUGGUGAUGUUCCGCUGCCCUAAAAGAAGUCACCAGCCUCUCGUUGCCAUGGCUGCAGACGCUAUCGUCAGCCACGGAGAUAUCGUCAGAGCCCCCUUUUUUGCCAUUCACAAAGACUGAGCUAACCUUUCCAAACCUCUUAAGACCUUUUAUGGAUUUACCAUCAUUUCUGUCCUUCGCAAAAAGAAAAGUUUGUUUUUAAAAAUUGAUCUGAGCAUCUUUAGUGAAUGAGCAAUGUGUUGGCCUACUUACAAAGGAGCUGAAAACCCUUCCCAGAAGUGCUUUAUUAUCUCAGACUUGUCUUCUUCAAGCAUCAAGUUUAAAAUAGUUUUGUAUUUUCCGAUUUUUAAAUGAGUCUUUCUAUAAGCCAACUUUUGUAGAUCUCUUUCUGUACCUCCAGAACUUAAUGUGGUUGUCUUUAAAAAAAAAAAGUUACAAUGUACUUUAAUACACAUCAUGAUUCAUGUUAAUAGAUACAUAUGCCACUGUGAAGUGUCCUUAGUUUGUGAAUACUUAGAGAGUAAUAUCCCUUACCUAUUACAAGAAUAUACUGAGGGUUCUGUGGGUGGGAGCACCCUGUCUAAAUGUUCAUUGCCUCCUCUUUCAGAUUUAAGGACUAAAGGAAGAGGGUCCAGGGGAUAACUCCUAAAAAUUAGAAGUUGAAAAUAUGCAUCUGAAAUUUUUAAUUCCAUUUCAACUGUUUGUUGGCUUCUCACUUUUCCCCACCAUAAUGCAUUUUACAUUGAGAAAAUUAAUUCUAUCUAGUAUUCUUCUCACUGAUGGAAUAGGCAGUGGUCUCUCUGCUUCACACUUCCUCUGAGGCUUAGGACUGACCUGGAAAUGUCCUAGGGUGGAGGCUUCUUCUUAAGCAAAGCCUUCUGCUGCUCUAGUUCUCAAGGUUAGACAUAGUCAUUUAUUCCCCCAGCUCAUUUGCCAUCAUUUUUUUUUCUCUUUCAGCUAAAGAUUUUUUUUUCAUUUUCUUUGUGGGUUUUGUUAAUCUAAAACACAAAGUUUAUAGAUAUAUUUUUUUAAUUUAAAGGG